AUGAAGCUACUUUCUCGCACGAUUGCGAAACUCUUCCUUUUAGGAUUUUUGGACUACGUCGACACUUCUCUCAAGAUUGCCAUCGUCAAUCCUGCGGACGUGAAAAAAGCGAACGUGACAUCAGAUGCACUGAAGUCAGCGAUCCACGCCAAGUUUGAUACUGAAUUGAAGAGGUAUGAGCAAGGAUCUGUGGUUGGCAUGGGGUCCACAGACACAUCAUCUACGUUGCUGACCUCGAUCCCUGUUGACUUGUUCGUGUUGGUUCCUGACCGGGAUGCUUCCAACACUGUGAUCAAGUUGUCCGUACCGAAGGCAACUACGUACGGGAUUUUCGCAAACCAUCCCUUGUCCGAGGUCGACGACCUGUCAAUCGUCCUUGUCUUCCUCGCCGUGUGGGGACUGUCGAUCUUGGGAGCGUUUAUCGGAGCAGCCAUGUCGCUUUCCGGUGUGCUGAUUAUCGUCCCUGUGCUCAAGAUGGAGGAGCUGUGGAUUCUCAAGUACCUCAACUGCCUGGCUGCUGGCGUGCUGCUCAGCUUUGUUCUCAUCCAUCUCAUCCCCGAAGCUGGCCAUCUGCAUGGCAGUUUAAGCUGGGAGGUCAGCACAACCGUGUUGGCUGGAUUCUUUGCUGGGCUUCUGGUCGAGCAUGGUAUACACCUCUACUUCACUGCCUACGGGAAGGAGCCGGCAAGGAUUGAAGGUGGGACCGGGACAUCGCCUAGGAAAGGAGAGCUGGUCUUUGUCGAUCAAGAAGCUCAAGAUCACAUGGCGCUGAGCAGUCAGAAAGCGCUGGACGGACUAGGAUGGGUUGUAGUUGGAGCAGCCGUCGCUCACGAGCUUCCGCAAGAGCUGGGCGACUUUGUAGUGCUGUACAACUCUGGCAUGUCCAUCAAAUGGGCUCUGAUCAGCAACUUUCUCUCUUCGCUCUCGGCCUGUCUGGGGAGCAUCGUCAUCCUUGCCGCCACGGAGAGUGCUCAUGAGAAUAUCAACCAAGACAUGGGUACAGCAACCUUGUUGUACGUCUUGUGCUUUGACAUCUCUGACAAUCUCCUUGCGACAUUGAAGGCCUUGUACUGGACAUAG